AUGACACUAGAUAUCCUGCAAUUCGUGGAUAACAAGGGCGGAAAUGCUGAAGAAAUCAGGGAAUCCCAGCGCAAGCGGGGACACUCCGUUGAACUCGUAGACGAAAUUAUCCAGAUGUACACCGACUGGGUGAAGAUGGACUUUGAGCUGAACGGGAUCAGCAAGAAGGUGAAUGCGGUACAGAAAGAGAUCGCCGCGAAGAAGAAGGCGAAAGAGUCUGCAGACGAUCUAGUUGCGCAGAAGAAAGAACUGGACGCCCAGGUGAUAGCCAAACGACAAGAAACGAAGGAGUUCGAGCAGAAGAUGCGCCAAAAAGCCGGCACGGUGGGCAAUCUAGUUGGCAAGGGUGCGCCAGUUAGCUUGACUGAAGACGACAAUGUGACCCUCCGUACAUGGUUUCCUGCCGGAGAGGAGGCCGAGCCUCCCGUGCGUACCGACAUAAUGCCACACCACGAAGUCCUGCUCCGUCUGGAUGCUAUGGACCUGGAUCGGGGGGCGAAGGUCGCUGGCCACAGGGGGUACUACCUCACUAACGAUGGAAUCGACCUCAACCAAGCGCUGAUUUCCUACGGCUUGGACUUUCUGCGAUCCAAGCAGUACAAGAAAAUACAGCCCCCAUUCAUGAUGAACAAGGAAGUCAUGGCGAAGACGGCGCAGCUGGAUCAGUUCGAUGAAGAGUUAUAUAAGGUGAUCGGAUCUGAAGACGAGAAAUACCUGAUCGCAACCUCCGAACAACCCAUCUCCGCAUUCCACUCUGAUGAAUGGUUCGAGCAACCAGCCCAGCAGCUCCCCAUCCGUUACGCCGGCUACUCCACGUGUUUCCGCAAAGAAGCUGGCUCCGCCGGCCGCGACAUGUGGGGCAUAUUCCGCGUGCAUCAAUUCGAGAAGGUCGAGCAGUUUGUUAUAACGGAGCCGGAGAAGAGCUGGGAGAUGUUUGAUACGAUGAUCGCCAAUAGCGAGGAGUUCUAUCAGAGCCUUGGGCUGAGAUACCGGGUGGUCGCGAUCGUGUCUGGCGCGCUGAAUUUGGCGGCGAGUCAGAAGUACGAUUUGGAAGCGUGGUUCCCGUUCCAAAAAGGAUACAAGGAGCUGGUUUCAUGCUCUAACUGCACAGAUUAUCAGAGCCGUCGUCUUGAAGUCCGUUGUGGAAUCAAGACCAAGGAUCAGGCAAGGAAAGUCUACGUCCACAUGUUGAACGGUACGCUGUGCGCAACAGAACGCGCCCUAUGCUGCCUUGUCGAAAACCAUCAGACUCCCGAUGGACUUGUCAUUCCCGAAGUCCUUCGACCGUAUAUGCAAGGACGUGACUUCCUGCCUUGGGUCAAACCACUUCCCAAGGGUCUGCAGCGAAAACAACAAUGA